CAAAUGCCUUGAGAAAGGAAAAGAGUUACCAAAACAAAGUACACUCAAAAAGCUGAACCCAGUGAUUGAUGAGGAUGGGUUGCUGAGGGUGGGAGGCCGAUUAUCCUCUGCCGACCUGUCACAAGACGAAAAACAUCCUCUCAUCAUCCCACGGACGCAUCAUGUCGCCACUCUGCUGGUAAGACAUUAUCACGAGCAAGUGGCUCACCAGGGCCGUCAUUUUUCAGAUGGAGCUAUUCGAGCAGCAGGCUUCUGGAUUAUUGGGAGCAAACAUCUGGUCUCUGGUAUCAUCCACAAGUGUGUCACCUGCCGUAAGGUUAGAGGAAAGUCAGUUGACCAAAAGAUGGCGGACUUACCUGCAGACAGACUCACAUCAGAGCCACCAUUCACCAGUGUUGGACUUGAUGUGUUUGGACCAUGGAAUGUCAUAACUCGUCGCACUAGAGGUGGUAGUGCAGACUCCAAGCGCUGGGCGGUACUCUUUACAUGUAUGUCUACUAGAGCAGUCCAUAUUGAGCUCAUCGAAUCCAUGUCCACAUCCAGCUUCAUCAACGCACUGAGGCGUUUUUUCUCUAUCCGUGGUCCAGCAAAAGUGCUACGCUCUGAUCGAGGUACAAACUUUAUAGGUGCCUGCAGGGAACUGGGAAUCGACACAAAUGACUCAGAGUUGACUAAAUACCUCUCAGACAAGGGAUGUACUUGGAUAUUUAAUCCCCCACACUCGUCUCAUAUGGGUGGUUCUUGGGAGAGACUCAUUGGGGUUGCCAGACGUAUCCUUGAUGCUAUGCUGUUUCAGACGGGCUCCACUCGUCUCACACAUGAGGUCUUGAGCACUCUUAUGUCUGAAGUUAUGGCAAUAAUCAAUGCGAGACCCCUAGUGUCAGUGUCAACCGAUCCUGACAUGCCUGCCAUUCUUACACCCUCAAUGUUACUGACACAAAAGACCAACGCUACCUCAGCCCCUUCUGGAUAUUUCCACAUGAACGAUCUUCAUGGAAAACAGGGGAAGCAAGUCCAGUGUCUCGCUGACACUUUUUGGAAAAGGUGGAGACAGGAGUACCUGACAACACUGCAGAGACGCAGAAAAUGGACAGCAGAAAAGCCAAAUGUGAAAGUGGGAGAUGUUGUCUUAUUGAAAGACAGUCAGACGCACAGAAAUGACUGGCCAGUCGGACUUGUGGUCAAAACCUUUCCCAGUACUGACGAAAAGGUCAGGAAAGUAGAACUAAAGGUUGUCAAGCAAGGGAUUGCUAAGGUGUUUCUGAGACCAAUCUCAGAGAUUGUUGUUCUUCUUUCUGAAGCAUCCUAGAGGCAAAAUAUUUUAUUUCAUAGUGGCACAAUUUC